AUGGAUAUUUCCACCGCUGCCACCGACUCAAACAUGCCCGAACCACAACACCACAUUGUCAUGGCUGAUGAGGUGGAUCAGACUGGCACGGAUAUCUCCCCUGUCUCGGAUGCCCAAUUGAUGGAGGAGGUUGCAGAGGGUCUGCGGCAAGAGCAGGCCUCAUCAGCCGCGCCAGGUGCGAUUCAUAAUUCCUCACAGCCCGAGGCGAUCGGAAAACGACCUGAAUUGCGACGAGACGGAUCAGCCCCUCCACCGCCGUUACAACCUCCUCCCCCCGCACCCGUUCAGCAGAAUGUGGACCGAGCAACUGACUCGUCACUGAGCCUGGCUCAAUUGCGGAGACUCGUGCAAGAGUUGCCCAAGAUUGAACAAUCCGCAUAUGCUUUCGAAUAUGCCGAUGCGCAGCCGUUCCCAGAUGAGCUGGAAGAGUGGUUCCAGUACAACGAGUUCGAUCGCGUGAUGUUGACGGGUAUGAAAGCCACAUUCGAGAGGCAAUGGGAUGCUUUCUGUCAGCAGAAUGCUUCGGCUGCUAGUGGGAAGUCGUGGCUCGAUGUAUCCGAGGACCUUCGUCAGUCCUUCAUGAUGCGCUCAUUGGACAAUCUGCAACACAUGGACGUUUCUGUGCGCUUGGAGGCACUGGAGAAUAUUUGCUAUGCAGCUACUGGCGUAUGGGGCAUCACAGGGGGACAAUCUGUCCCGGACUAUCCUGCAAACAUAGACGCCCGGUCAGCAGCCGAGACACCCCAGUCAAAAUCACUACAGAUUGACUGGAUUGAGGAGAAUGUAACCCUUCUUCAGCGAUGCUCUGGGAUUCCCGUCUUGAUUUUGAGAUUAUCCCAGCUGUUUGAUAAGAAUCGUGCCACGCUCGGCGCAGACCCAGAUGGAAUUGAAUUUGAACGGCUUAAUCCAGGCGAUAUUGCCGCGCCGGAGCGCGAAGCCAACCUGGUUCUUACCUUGCUCUACUUUGCAAUUGAGGUUGGCCGACGACAAGAAGCUCGAGACCCUCAGAACACUUCGAUUCGCGACGCUCUUGCUCAAUCGAACCCUUGUUUACUCGUUACCAUUGUUGAAAUCAUCGCGCGACUGAGAUGGGACGAAUCAGCUAACAUCCCUCUCACAAGAAUUAUUCUUUUGCUGUGGAAAUCUCUUCUUCUCGUCUUCGGUGGCAGUGACCAAUUGAAGAGGACAAAAGAGGUCCUGGAGCCUCCUUUGAUCUCCGAAGAGGACGCCGCAAAUCGCAGAACACCUUUCUUGACCGCGAACCCCCUCGACUACCAUAUUUUCCGUCAGGAGAUCACGUCCAAAUACCCUUCUUACAACCCCCUCCCUCUAUUGUUCCUCUUGAACUCGAAAACAAUUCUAUUCUACCACCUCUACCGCAGCAUCCCAGCCGAUCAACCUCCUCAAGUGGCCGUUCAUAUCGCGACCCCGGCGCCGUCUCCACCACCCUCUCCAAUCGGCCCUGGAGGGAAGGCCGGCAAGAAACAAAACUACCAGACCAAUCAAAAUUUCCCGCUCAUGUAUCCCCCAUUGGAUGACACCAGCAAUCGUAUCGGCGGAAAGGGGACGACAGAGCGACAAGAUGUGUUGGUGGGCAAACGGUGGGAGGGCAGCGAUGUGCCUGCAUCCGUCAUUGAAGCCGGAAAGCUUUUCUCCACCCAUGUUAAGAUGACUCGGGCAAUGCAACAACUGUGGGAAGAGCGCGAGAAUUUUAUGAAAUACGAUCGGGGCUGGAACUUUGAGCAGUCUCACCCGCGAGUUCCCGAUUUCCCAUCGCUUGAUGAUACUACUACCGAGUUGGAAAGCUUGGACCUGUCCGAAAGCGAUUCCAAAUCCCAUAAAAAAGAAACGGAUGAUCCAGAUGUACAGCGACGAUUGGAUGCCGUGGAAGUAUUUUAUGCUCAAACCUUGGCUCAUCUUCAGUCAAUAACAAUUGUGUUCCUGAAGAUCAUUUUGACGAACGUCAGUGCUGUGGUGAAUCAGGCGAAUUCUCAGACCUCCCAGAAUAUGAGUAAUGGCCAUGGCAUCAAUGGUUCAUCUGCAGACUUCUUCUCUGAUUCCUCCAUUGACGAACUGGAUAACAUCCGGCUACGAGAAAUUACUGGUAAAGCCGUGUCCGGUACAUUACUUCUCCUGUUGAAGUGGUUCAAGCGAUCUCAUGUUCUUAAAUUUGAAUACAUGACCCAGCUACUACUUGACUCGAAUUACUUGCCCCUGAUUCUGAAGAUGUUCGCCCAUCAGGAUGUGGAUCAAGCCGUGGCGCAGAAAAAUGACCGAGAAGACCUGGCUUUCUUCCAUUUCUGCAGCGAACACUCUGAUUUCGCGGCGCAAACUCAACCGGGCGAUGGUGACACUGAGAGUGAGGAUGAAGCUGUCCCGCCCCCUAUCUCCCGCCAUCGUCCCAACAUGAGAACGGGCAGCAGCGCUGUUCGGGCUCUCUCAGCAGAAGAGUCAAUUGCGGGGAUACUUGACGGUCCGACACGCCCUGAAGUCGAUGAGCUCGGCUAUCCCACCGCUCCACUGCCCAAGGAACCCAUCACUGUCUUCUCCUUCCGCAACUUUUUCUCUGCCAUAAACUACCUUCACAUCAUGCAGAAGAUUACUCGUGAUAAGGCGCAUCGCUGCCUCCUGCUCGUGCAGUAUAAGUCGAGCACGAUCCUCCGAAAGGGUCUCAAGAUCCCGGACCCUCAUCUGCGGUUCUACACCCUCAAGCUUUUCAAGUCACAAGUGCCCUACUGCGGCCGCAAGUGGCGCCAGAGCAAUAUGCGCGUCAUUACCGCCAUCUACCUGUACUGCCGACCAGAGCUUCGGGAUGAUUGGCUUGCUGGCUCAGAUGUUGAUGCUGAGGUUGAAGAAGCACUACCUCUCGAGCAGGCUCUUCGUGGACUGACACACUGGUGGCAUCUACGUCAGUAUAAGGAUGUAAUGGCUGGAUCUGAGGGGGCUAGCAUGAUGGAAGAGGAGCGUGAUUUCUUUGUUCGGGAAUUGGAGUCUAUGGGCUGGGGCUUUGCUGAUGAAUUGGCUGGUGAUGACUCGGAUCAUAGUAAUCCCAUGGUAAACGGGAAUGAGUGGGAGGGCGGCCAAAUGCCAGCGGAAGGUGGUUGGCCACAGUGA